AUCCGAUUGAAGCUGUGCAUUGAGUCUGUGGUGUGAGUGACCUCAUUUCAGGGGCAUAGAAUGUUUUCAAGAGACGAUCCAAAACGGUACAUAUGGUACAGUACAGGAAACUUUGGUUACAACAUGACACGCUAACUAUGUGAAAACAAUUAAAGUUGCCUGCAGAGUUUUUGAUCUGAAAGUUUAAAAUCAAAUAGAGAUGUGUGUUGAAGGCAGAAACCUGACAUGGACACCGAUGCUUCUGUUUCUGAGCAGUGCUCUUUGCAGUCAGUGGGAAGUGAAUUAUCACCAGCAACAUAUCUGUGCAGUGAAAGACUCUUCUGUUGUCAUUCCUUGUUCAUUUUACUAUCCUGACAACCAGAGAGUACAAAGUACCGCAUGGGGCCAUGAAAAAUAUGAUAUUUUUAAUGGUCCUUUCAAUUUUGACAGUAAGUUGAAUGAAACAAAAAAAAGAUUUCAGUAUAUUGGUGACACAAAUCACAAUUGUUCUUUAAAAAUAAACCAAGUGGAGCAUAAUGAUACAGGAAAACACACCUUCAGAUUUACAACUAACGACAAAGAGGGCAAGUGGACUGGUAAAGAUGGCUCAACAUUAAAGGUUGUUGAUUUGAGCAUUUCGGUGACAAAGCCUAAUGGAAACAGAACAAUAAAGGAGGGCGACUCUGUGAAUCUGACCUGCAGAAACGGCUGUGAUGGUGACAAUCUUUUAUCUGCUUUCACCUGGUUUAAGAAUGGAGAACCCAUAACUGAGGGACCUACACUUUAUUUAAGCAACAUGUCCUCCACAAACUCUGGAAACUACACUUGUUCUCUGAAAAGACACACAGCAGCAUCUUCAGGAGUCAUACACAUUGAUGUUGAAUAUAGCCCCAAGAACACAUCAGUGUCUGUCAGACCAUCGAUGGAGGCAGACGCCGGCAGCAACAUAACCCUGACCUGCAGCAGCCGUGCUAACCCCCCAGUGGAGAAUUAUACCUGGGUUAAAAUAGAUGACGGCGAUAUAAUGGAUGUUGGAAAAGGGCCUGUGUUCAUCCCUGGUGAUGGUGGCCAGUAUUUAUGCAGUGCCAGCAACAAACAUGGAAGCCAAAACUCCUCUGUAGUUACUAUAAAAAUGAAACAAGAUUGGACAUUUACCAAAGAUGUACUUAUCAUCGCCAUAAUUGCUGCUGUUUCUGUGCUUCUGAUUGUGACCAUUGUUUUUGCCGUCAGAAGACUCAACAGAAAAAGGACAAGAGCACCAGAGAGGAGCGAGGAGUGUGAGGAGGACAUCCAGAAUUCAGUCUAUGCCAACUAUCCUGUUUUUGACAAUAACCAAUCACAAGAGAGAAUUGGAUGUGAGGAACAAACACUAGAGCUCAUCUACACAACUGUUGACUUUCACACCGAGAGAAAGAUGGAGCAGCAGGUGGCCUCCCACAACGAUGACGAAGGUGUGGUUUACAGCACAGUGUGCAGGAAACUCUUGAACCCUACAUAUGUUGAAACUCCCUGAUUGGACAACAAGCACAUGCCGUUUUGAAGGAAAAGGAAACAAAUUGUGGCAAAAUAUUACAAACAUACACAUACAAUACGAAUACAUUUUCUUUUGUCAAUGCUAAUUCUUGUUGAUCAAACUGAAGACCAAAAAAUGAAUGUCAAAUGUUAAAACUCAAG